CAGCUCGCCUGCUCGUUGAGCUAAGCUACCGAGCUACCUUCACCCUUCAUAGGUAGCUUCACUCCUGCUCCCCCAUCUCCCCUUCACCCAUCACCAUCCCCUGGGCCUCUCUUUCAUCACCCAUUCCAUUCCAGCCUUAUCUUUUGAGCUGCGAGGCUUGCUUUCAUAGCUCUUAUCGUCCCAUCAGCCCAUCGUCACAGCCAUCGUCACCAUGAAGGUUGCGGCAUCCGCGCUGCUCCUCGGAGCUGCCUCCUCGGCCCUGGCCGAGCAGCAGCAGGUCUUCCAGAUGCCCAAGCCCGUGAGCGAGAGCUCCGAGGCCUCUGGCUGGAACAAGCCACUGCACAACCUGGAGGAGGCGCUGAGCUCGCUCACCUCCGACGCCCGCCAGCUCUGGGAUGAGGUGGCGAUGAUGUUCCCCGAGUCCUUCGACAAGGCCAACUUCUUCUCCUCCCCGAAGCCGCACACCCGCAGGGCCGACAGCGAGUGGGACCACGUCCUCAAGGGCGCCGACGUCCAGAGCGUCUGGGUCGAGAACGCCAAGGGCCAGAAGGAGAGGGAUGUUGAUGGCAGGCUGGAGGCCUACAACCUCCGCGCCAAGAAGGUUGACCCCAGCAUCCUCGGUGUCGACAAGGUCAAGCAGUACAGCGGCUACCUUGAUGACGAGGAGAACGACAAGCAUCUCUUCUACUGGUUCUUCGAGUCCCGCAAUGACCCUGAGAACGACCCCGUCGUCCUUUGGCUCAACGGCGGCCCUGGCUGCUCCUCGUUGACCGGCCUGUUCAUGGAGCUGGGCCCGGCCUCUAUCAACAAGAAGAUUGAAGUUGUACACAACCCUUAUUCGUGGAACAGCAAUGCCUCGGUCAUCUUCCUUGACCAGCCUGUCAAUGUUGGUUAUUCAUACUCUGGUGGCUCCGUUAGCAACACGGUCGCUGCUGGCAAGGACGUCUACGCGCUCCUUACCCUCUUCUUCAAGCAAUUCCCCCAGUAUGCUCACCAGGACUUCCACAUCUCCGGUGAAUCCUAUGCUGGCCACUACAUCCCCGUUUUCGCUUCUGAGAUUCUUUCUCACAAGAAGCGCAACAUCAACCUUAAGUCUGUCCUGAUCGGCAACGGUCUUACCGAUGGUCUUACUCAGUACGAGCACUACCGCCCCAUGGCCUGCGGUGAUGGUGGCUGGCCUGCUGUUCUCGACGAGAGCGAGUGCCAGGCUAUGGACAACGCGCUGCCCCGUUGCCAGUCGCUGAUCCAGAGCUGCUACAACUCUGAGAGCGUGUGGUCUUGCGUGCCCGCGUCGAUCUACUGCAACAACGCUCUGCUUGCUCCUUACCAGCGCACCGGCCAGAACGUCUACGACGUCCGCGGCAAGUGCGAGGACUCGAGCAACCUCUGCUACUCUGAGCUUGGCUGGAUCGCCAAGUACCUCAACGAGGACAAGGUCAUGAAGGCUGUUGGUGCCGAGGUUUCCUCGUACGACAGCUGCAACUUCGACAUCAACCGCAACUUCCUGUUCCAGGGUGACUGGAUGCAGCCCUUCCACCGUCUUGUCCCCGGUAUCCUCAAGGAGAUUCCCGUCCUUGUCUACGCUGGUGAUGCCGACUUCAUCUGCAACUGGCUCGGCAACAAGGCGUGGACCGAGGCUCUUGAGUGGCCCGGCAAGAAGGACUACGCUCCCGCCCCGAUGAAGGAUCUCAAGCUCGGCGGCUCGGGCGAGAAGAUCGGCUCGGUUAAGAGCUCGGGCAACUUCACGUUCCUGCGCGUCCACGCUGGCGGCCACAUGGUGCCGUACGACCAGCCCGAGGCGUCGCUCGACAUGCUGAACCGCUGGUUGGGUGGCGAGUGGAUCGAGAACUAGGCGCAUGUCUUGGUGUACGAUCCAUGGUAUUGUAGAGACACAAUGAUCGCUUAGAUUGAUAAGACGGAGAUGAGGAUUGGGCUACGCACGCACGCACGCACGCGUUAUGGGUUCGGGUGUAUAUACGGUUUUGAUGGGAUUGGCUUUGACUUUGACUUUGGACGGG